GGCUUAUCAAGAAUUUUCCCUUUACAAACCCACCAUUCAACUACGGUACCCUUGCCCUCUCUUGCUCGCUUCCUGUAAAUGGCGUCCGAGAAGAAAGCCAUGAAGAUCAUCACCGGAGCGGACGACUUCGGUUGCAAGCUCAAGGAUGCCGUUGUCGCCCAUCUCCGUUCCAAAGGCAUCGACGUCGAGGACCUCGGCACCGGCAAGUAUUACUCCGUUGGCGAGGAGAUCGGCCGCCGCGUCAGCCUCGCCCACUCCUCCGGCAACGACGGCACGGAGACCCGCGGCAUCCUCGCUUGUGGCACUGGCGUCGGCGUCUCCAUCUUUGCCAACAAGUUCCCUGGCGUCUAUGCCGCCACCUGCGGCACCAUCGAUGAGGCCGUCAACUGCCGCUCCAUCAAUGACUCCAACGUGCUUUCCCUCAGCGGAAUGUUCACUCCGCCGGAGCUGGCCCAGGGGAUCGUCGACGCCUGGCUCGAUACUCCAUUCAAGUCUCCCUGCCGGGCGAGCGGUGGCGUCGCCUGGCCGGGCGAGAUCGACACCUUUCUGAGUAACUCCCUGUCCGAGAUGUCGAAGAUCCCUGGCGCGAGCUCCGCUGGAGGCCCAGGGGGCUCCUGCGCCAUCUGCUCGUUGAGGGAAGGUCGAGAGUUUGAACCCGUGGCGAUCAUGCCCGGUGGGAGCAUGAAGAUUGUCCGGCAGAGCCCCACAGCUGCCAUUGUGAGGUUCGCGGCCGGCAGCCUCGAGCCGGCCCACCACCAUACGUUCGGCCACGACCUCGUGGUAUUGAGCGGCAGGAAGAAGGUGUGGAACCUGAGCAAGAAGGAGAGCUACGAGCUGGGGCCUGGAGAUUACCUCUACACCCCGGCGCCGGAUGUUCACAGGGUCCAAUACUUCACUGACACGGAGUUCUUCAUCAGGUGGGAUGGCGAUUGGGAUAUCUUCAUUGAUGAAGAUCUUGCCGCCGCUGCCGCCGCCACUAAGGGGAGCUCAGAUCCGUAGGACGGAAUACUUUGGUCGGGGACCAGCGAUGGAUGGUGGUGCUCCCAGGUGGCUGUCUUGCAGUCUUCUUCUCUGCUUCGCUUUGUGUUUAGGCUUUGAUUAGACUACCAUAGUAUGUAUAUGCGAUGGUGGUGCUCCCAGUUGGCUGUCUUGCAGUCUUCUUCUCUGCUUCGCUUUGUGUUCAGGCUUUCGUUAGUAAUACCAUAGUAUGUAUACGCUUGUAUAAGAGACUUGAGUGUUCCAAUGUCUUCCUCUUUGCAAAUAAAAUUUGGAACUUCCCCUCUUGCUGUA